ACGAAUUGAAGGACGCUCCCUGACCCACCAAAUUCACGGCCUGAAAGGAAAAGAGCGAAGCUGUCCAGGCCGGGCGAUGAGUUACCUCAGCGGAGGUUCUGUUAGGUCCCUCCUAGACAUAUGCCUUGAUUGCUUAACAAGAAACCUAUCCAGAUAUGCUGCAGAUAUUAAGCCUUUGCCUCCCAACAUAAAAGAUAAACUGAUUAAAUUACUGAGUAUCCAGGGGCGGAUAACUGAUUCAAAUAUUAGUAUGGUAUUGCACCCUGCAGUGGAGGCAUUGGACCUUCGAGACUGUGAUAUUUCAGAUAAUGGCCUGCAACACCUUUGUAACUGCAAGCAGCUUAAAAAAAUAAACUUGAGCGUUUGGAAAAGAACCAGACUAACCAUCACUUCAGAAGGUGUUGUAGCACUGGCCUUAUCAUGCCCCUAUUUGCGUGAAGUCUAUUUUAAAAGAUGCAGCAAUCUUACGGACAGUGGUGUCCUCGCCCUGGCCCACAACUGCCCACUUUUACAAAUACUCAACAUAGGUGGAUGCUCCAGCAUCACAGACACAUCACUGCAAGCACUUGGACAGAACUGUGGGUCCCUACACAGCGUGGACUUCUCAUCUACCCAGGUUACUGAUGAUGGUGUAAUAGCACUUGUUGGUGGAAUGUGUUCAAAGAACUUAAAGGAGAUCCAUAUGGACCGGUGUGUGAAUCUGACUGAUGUAGCUGUAGAAGCUGUCCUCACUUGCUGUCCAAUGAUAUACAUUCUUCUGUUCCAUGGAUGCCCACUUGUAACAGAUCGUUCCCGAGAAGCACUGGAACAGUUGGUUGGAUCAAACAAAUUUAAGCAGAUUUCAUGGACUGUUUAUUGACAUUUUGUUUAAAGUUGCAGACAGUACUUGUUUUUGAGGAAUGAACCAUUUCUGGAAAGAUUUAUCCCCCGGUGAUAUAGGGUAUAGUUCCCACUGAUGAGCUCACUUUCCAUUCGUGUUCCUCCUUGUUCAAAAGUACUAGUAUUAAUGCUGUGUCUGUUGAUAUUCUCGAUAAGAACAUUGUUUUUGUGUUCAUAGAGCAAUACUUGAGGUUUAUAAUGAAUAUUAUGCUCUGUACUAAUGUAAGGCCAAGAGUAAAUGAGGACAUGAAGAAUGUUGAAUGAUCCAGCAAUUUGUGGGAGUAAGUACUGUAUAAUACCAAGUUGCUCAGCCGCUACUUUGAUAGGGACCAGUUAGGUUUCCACUAACACUAUAACUGGAGCCAUGUUUUCUUCAAGUUGCUUCUCAUGUUAAAAUAAAAGUUCCCACCUUCUUCAAUUGGUAAAUGUAUUUUCUUUCAUUCUUUUAGGAGCCUAACAGAAAACGUGUGUUCAUAGAAUUCCUUACUUUGUUUCUAGAUGGAAAAGCUAACAAAUGAUCUGAUGCUGACAAUUUCUGACCCAGUGACCGCUAGUGACAUUUUGGUUGGUCCUAGUUAAAGUAUUGCCUGACUCUGGGCUUUAGGAUUUUCCUUGUGGACCAACAUGGCUUCCUUUUGCUUUUUGUGUUACUAGGAGAUAUAUUCCAAUCAAGUCUUGCUGGAUUGGUAUUUUGGAUUUCUUCCUUAAUGCUAUAUAUAACAUGUUUGAACAUGUUUAUUAGUACAUCACAUGUCUUAGAGAAAAACAAGAGUUUCAACUAAAAGCUUCAGAGGGAAUUUAUUGCAUAUGCUGUCCAUCUCCAGAGUUAUAUUGUAUAACUUUAAAAACCCUUUUAAAUAUGUUAUUGCAAUUAAAAAAUAUCUGAUUAGAAACUCAUCUAAGUAUAUACAAUACCAGUAUAAAUUCUUAAUAGAAUAUAAAUAUUCAUAGUUAUUCAUAACAGCCCCAGUAAGUUUGUUACUAUGGUCCUGUUCAGACAACACACUAAGCCAUGGUUAGGCCACUAAACCUUUUGCAGCAAAUGGUUAGUAUGUGUGUUUAAACUG